AUGUCAGCUACCGUCUCAAUCCCCAAGGCAGGUGCUGGUGCCGACUUAAGGAAGUUCAUGGAGAAACGCCUUGAUCGUAAUAUGCGUAACCUCCAAGGGGACAUCAACGUCAACGGCUUCAUUGGAGCGAAUACCAUUGGUGACAAUAUGAAACCAUUCAUCACCAUUCAUGAAGCGGCCUUCAUGAACACCAUUUAUGUGUUGGUGACUCACCAACACAUGAAGUUGACCAUGUGCAUUUUCGCCACACUGGUUGUUGAUGUUGAGUUGGUCUCUCGCACGGAGAAGAAGGAUAUCGGUAUGACCGUCAUUCGGGGUAACUCGGUGCUCAUGUGGGAGUGCCUCGACAGGGUGACACAGUAG